UAUAAAACGAACUGAUAUAAUAUUUGAGGGACAGCGGGUUAUUAAAUCGUGCCUGUUUAAUAUUGCUGAAGCUUAUUUUGAUUUCACGCUUUAUAAGGAAGGCUGUGAUUGGCUAAGCGCCCACCACAUGAAAAGGCAGCAUGCUAAACUCGAAAUGUAAUAAUUAAAAUGACCGUGGCGUGGACUAGAAGAUUCGGCGUGCUACCUUCGAAUGGGGAGCAUGCUUUUUUCCCUCUCUUUUUUAAUGGCUCAAAUAGUUGGCAAAGCUUUUGAAGCCCUGGUCGUUUAACGUCAGGAGCGAACGCCGUUACGUCGGAAGAGCCCGAGCCGGGGGCACAGCAGCAACUUUACCCUCGCUGGAAGCUCCAUUAUGCAGCUCCUCCAUAUCGGAAAUAACGAUGGGAAUAACAACUCUGACAACAAUGACACCAAGUUGCCUUGAGUGUCGUCGCGACUGUCAAAGGUGACGUGCUUAGCUAAGCGUGUGACCCAGCACACAUUAGUGGAAUAGUGUACACGGCCUCGCGCGGAGACAUCAUAUCCGUAUUAAAAGCGAAAAUAAUCCCGAGGUAAGAAGCCGAGGAGUGGCCGAAAAGCGAACGGCCGUCGGCGUUUCUCUUUAUUUCCCUCCGCUUCGGGUCGCUUUACUCUCGUAAAGUGUCUGGCAGCCGUCGAAAUUACCGCACAUAUAAUAAUUUGGUGGCUCCCUUUACAUCCAGCCAGCGCAAGGAUUUUUUCUCCUGCUUCUCCUCCUUCGUUAUAAAGUCGCCAUUUUGCUUCAGUGUCUGUAUAAACCAUCCGGUAUUCCAAUAUUUUUCCUCAAGGAGUCGGGGAUUUACGCAUCUUUUCUGGCUAUUUUUAGAGUGUUUAACGGCAAGCUUGGAGCGGUGCCUCGUGGUAAAUACACAUAAAUGCCUCAAAGGAAGGGGCACAGCCAGAUUAAAGUCUCCUGGAUGUUUUUAAACCCACACAAUUUGUCAUUUUUGCUUCUUUUCCUCGGUUCAAGCAGCGUUGUGACCACCCCUUGACACAGAGACACAGCAGGUGGGAUUGGGAUGUAACAAAAACAUUGGCAGAUAAACGCCCAAUACGGUGCCUGUCUCCGGAACCCCCCUCCUCCUCACCCGUGGGGGCUAGCUGACCUGGGGCCAGCCGGUCGUGAGCUGUGGUUGAGCGGCCAGCGCUUCAGGGAUGGAAAACCCCAGUAGUACUAGGCUUGGGAAGCUGUCAACGCCAGGGCUGCCAAGGGGCCGGAGCUCCAAGCAUGGACAUCCCCAGGAGCCUGUUAGAACUGUGCCAUGCCCCGAAAACAACAUCAAACACACGUCUGUGUGUGAUGAGGCAGCAGAGGGCAAGAGGAAAGGUCAUCCUAAAGCAGAUGAGCAGGAACUGAGAAGCAUCCCUGCCCACUUGAUCGUCCAAUGGAAGGAAGAGUUUAAGCGUCGCUCCAGAGUUAAAUGUCCGUGUUCAGGGUGCUGGUUAGAGUUUCCCAGCAUAUAUGGUGUAAAGUACCACUAUCAGCGAUGCCAGGGGACCACAGUAGCUGAGAAGAAGAGUCACGGCUGUCCGUAUUGUGAUGCAGCGUUUGCAACAAAGGUACGCCUACAGAAGCACAUGCUUUGGAACCACCCAGACAGGGUUAGUUUAGAGUCAAAGGAUGAGCAACUUGAUAAGCUUCAGAAACCCCCUGUCAAGUUCAACACCCUAAAAAGGCCCCUGGAUAACAACACUCCAUCCCCAGUGUUCUUCAAAGUGAAAAAAAACUUCGAGGUGUCUAGCCCCUCUCACAAUGGAGAGCUGACCCACCAGAGGAGUGAGAGGAAACAGCACAGCCAACCGUCAGUGCAGAGUCACCAGUCCCAGUCAGCCCAGCCUCAGUUUGAGCAAUCGCAGUCACAAAGCACAUCCUCUGAUGCAGGGUGUAGUGAAAGCGAAUGUGGCAGCCUACCGCCGUCUUACCCUGAUAAAGACCCAGAACGAAUGAAACACAAGCAAGGACGGAAGCAGAAAACACCGAAGAAGUUCACUGGAGAGCAGCCUUCGAUCUCCGGAACAUUUGGAUUGAAAGGUAUGACAAAAGUGGAGGAGAAGCUCAAGGCAAGCCGCGCGAAGAGGCCGGACGGGAAUGGAUUUAGCGAGUUGCCUCACAGAAGACCAACUUCGAAUCAACACUUCGCUAAACACGCAGCCAGCACCAGUUCAGAUACAGUUCCUGACAUUCAGUGGCAGAAGGCAAUUUCAGAGCGAGGUGAAGUGGUGUGCCCCACCUGUUCCAUCGUCACUCGGAAAACACUCCACGGCCUGAAGAAACACAUGGAGAUUUGCCAGAAGCUCCAAGAGGCCCUCCGAUGCCACCAGUGCCACAAACAGUUCAAAUCCAAGGCAGGACUCAACUACCACACCAUGGCAGAACACAACUCCAAGUCCUCAUGGAGUGAAGGUCAGUUGGAUGACGAGUAUGAGGAGAGAGAACGACUACGCCGAAUUCUCAAACAGAUGGGUCGAAUCAAAUGUCCGAGUGAGGGCUGUUCAGCUCACUUCUCCAGUCUAAUGGGCUACCAGUACCACCAGAAGCGUUGUGGACGUGAGUUCUCUGAUGUUGAGCAACCCAUGUUUUUGUGCCAGCACUGUGGAAAAACAUAUCGCUCCAGGGCUGUCAGGGACAACCACGUACGCACUGAGCACUCCGUAAUCAUCACCUCUACUAUGACAGCCCCCAACAAAGACAAUCGGAACGACACCAACAGCAAUGCUGGCAAAGAGAGAGUCACCUUCGAGAGGUUUUCAGGAGGGAAGAGAGAGCAAAGCCAGCCCGAAUGGCAUAUUAGAACACAGUUGGCCCGAGAGAAGGACAAGGUUAACGACAAAGACAGUCAAGUGAAGAGCAGAGUUAAGGAAAAUUCAGCACAGAGUGAAAGCCUUCCAGAAGAUUUUGAACGGACACCCAGUGGCAGAGUGAGGCGCCGCUCAGCUCAGGUGGCAGUGUUCCACCUUCAGGAGAUAGCAGAAGAUGAGCUCGCCAAAGACUGGGGCACCAAGCGUCGUAUCAAGGAUGACCUGGUGCCUGAUAGCAAGAGGUUGAACUACACUCGCCCAGGCCUUCCCAGCUUCAGCAGGGAGCUUCUUGACAGCUGGAAGACUCAAGUCAAGGAAAAUGGCUUCAUCUGCUGCACCAACGAAAACUGCGAGGCUGUCUAUUCCAGUGUGUCUGGACUAAAAGCUCACCUUGCUAACUGUAGCCAGGGAGGUGGAGAACUGGCAAAGUACACGUGUCUGAUCUGUGAGAAGGCGUUUAAUUCGGAGAGUGGCGUCAAGUACCACAUAAGCAAGACACACUCACAGAAUUGGUUCCGUGCGUCGGACGGUGAAGGGAUUUCCAACAACAGGAAUAAAGCACUGGACGACGGCAUUAGGGAAGAGGUGAGGAACGGUGCCACAACUGGUAAAAAGAGGGGUCGCAAACCCAAAGAGCGUCCCCAGGUGGUUGCGCCUCUCCAAACCCAAAUUGAAGCACCAAACCUCGAUCAAAACUCGGCAAUGGACUCGACCCAGUCCUCUGACUCAACGCAGUCCCCCACACAUAGCCCUGACUUUACGGACAUGACCGAUCCAGACCCGAACCGACAGUUCAGUGGUUGCUCCGCACGACAAGGCAAACCGAAGAAGCUGUCAUUGUCCGAGUAGCUCUGCUUUUUUGUCAACAAAGGAACCACAGAGGACGCCUGCUCCAGAUGUGAUUGAACUUUAUGAGAACCGAGCACUGAGGGGAAAAAAAGAAAAGUUGCGGCUGCAGUUCAAAAACGUACACAUGUAACAUGACUGUUUCCAUUGCAGUUAUCUCCUUUUAAGGCACCUAUUUCAGUUCCCACACUCAGCAGGAUUUUCAGAAAUGAAAUCUACGACUUCCGCAAUUGUUGACUUCCACAGUGAGGACAUUUUCUCAGCAGAAAGGCCGUUGCUUCAGGUUAGGGGCGUGUCAUUCGCUCAAAAAGACUCAUGUUCACAGAAUUCAUUUUCCCUUAGCAUGGUAACGUCAUGUGCGUUCACAUUUCUUUCACAGUUAUACUCUGUACAUAAGCACUUAUCUUUAUCGAGCUAUAUAUUCCAAUCAAUGAUGCCGUCACAUUUAUACAUGUUACAAAUGCGCCAUUGAUGAUUUGUGUUCAAAAAUGUUUUGCUUCAUGUUGUUUUCAGUCUUUCGUGUUCAAUGAAGCACAUCACAUCUAAGCUCAACUUUCUUUCCAAACAUUUAGUUACCGGUACAUUUUAUCUGUGUACCACUUGAAGGGUAUAUCUGCUUUGAAACCCAUCAUUAAGUGUGCAAAAACAAUUUACACAACUGACCUUAGUAAACAGAAUCUCAUAGGGACUUUUUUCUAUAGAGUGUCAACAUUUGAAUCAAUUUCAACAGAAAAGGAAGAAGCUUGAAAUACUGUCACUAAAGCCAAUUGUUUGACUGAAGGAAUAAUUCUUUUGAAGAUCGUUGCACUGUUGCAGCACAAUCAAGUAGGGUAAAAACAACUUGUUUUUGUUUUGAAGAAGCCAUAUUUUGGCGAUUGCUUUAUCGUAAAGAGGUGAGACGAGAAUGAAAAUACUAUCUUUUGUAGAGGUUUAGGAAAGUGAUCUUUUAUCAUUGCAAAUCGUAAUUCGCAUAUAAUAAUAUAUAUGAACUUACACCUGGAUGUUCAAAGAUAUUGCAUUGCACUUUAACCCUCAUUGUUCCCCUCUUGUGAUUUUGCACGCCAAGAUAGUACUUUAAUAUAUAGUAGCUGUCACACAGGAACAGAAAUACUUUAUUCUCGGGACAGAUUUUUAGAUUCUAUUUGCAGCGAUAAUGGACACCUUCGCAUCCGCCAUCAAGCAUGACUGUAACGUUUGAACUCACCACACAAAGCCAUACCUGCCACAUCAUGUAAUGAUAGUUUUCGACUUCUGUUUUAAAAGAACUAUAAAUCCAAUCUUAUCAAAUCACAUUGAAAAGUGUGCAAUAUCAGAGAAUAAUAGAGGAGAUACUUGAAUCCAAUGUUUAAAUGAUGAAGUGAGCAAAUGAGAAGUCCAGAAAAGUUGAUGACGCUAAGAUAGACCCCUUGACCACUUAUUACUCGACCCUAAGCGAUCUGUUAGAAUUCAGCAGGUCUUCUGAAGCCCCACCAGUUUGCGCCUCAUAAUGUUGUUUAACACCGUCAUUUCAAUCAAGUCGCAAUGCCACCUCCGAUUUAAGAGCGCAAUUAGAAUAUAUAUUAAGACUCAUGAACUUUUUAUAGUGUAAAAGCUCAGAUGUUUCUCCCUUUGUAAUCAAGGUGGAGUUGAUUAUGCAUCUCUCUCUCUCUCUCUUUCUCUCUCUCUCGCUCUCUCGAUGGGAUGGACCACCUUCCUCUAUCCAGGUUUAACUGGUAAAGAUUUAUGAGACAAGCACUGAUUAUUUCCAUCAGAGUAAUCAAGAAUGUGUGUGUGUGUGUGUUUUGAACAUUUAGCAACUUUAUAAUGACCGGGAAAUCAAAAGUUUGUAAUGCUCUCUGUUGUGUCACAGAAUCAAUUGCUUGUUUCACAUGUCAUUCUUAAUGUCCCAUUUUCCGGACAAACCUUGGUGUUCCCAUAUGAUAGUUUCGCACCACUUUCACCUGGGUAUUUUAUAUUUUAUUACACCCUUUACUAUCUGUCUUCCUAUGAUAUGGAAAACGCAUAUCUAUCCCGCAGUGUGUGCUAACCGCAACAUGUUUAGAGAGUGGAGCAAUACAUCAUGUUUAGCUGAGUUUGUGUGCUUGCUGAUAUUUUGGUAUUGAUGUCUUCUCACAAUCGUACAGCUUUUCUCAAUUACAGACUUAUUGUUUGUUUGCUCUGACAGUGCUUUUUACCACAUAUAUCGUAGGCUUAUUUGUCUGCAUACACUGUUAUUUUGUCAUUUAUGUUUCCUCGAAGGAAGUUGUUUUGUUUUUUUUAAAUCUAUAUAUACACACAGUGACAAAUACAUAGGGAUUGUCCUUUAUUCUUAUUCAAUAUGGGACAACAAAUCAUAUGUAUGUGUGUUUGUUUCUGUAUUUAGUACACUUACUAUACCAUGAAAUAGGCUUGAAAUAGGAGUGUUGUUUGAGCUUUCUAGUAACCUGGACUGUGUGUGUGGUGUGACUUUUGUAGCCGGACAACAGCUGACUCAAGUGUCUUCCCUUUGUUGUUUCCUAAAACUGAGGCGAGUUCACGAAAUCCAGUCAAGACCGUCUCAGAAUUGUACACCUUUAUUCAGAUGACAUUGGAUGACUUUGUAUGCUACCUACUGAAAACAGUGAAAGGCAUCUGCCUAUGGCGCAGGUGUCAUUAUCGUGGGUGAGAGUAUAAGAGAUGGUGUUGUAGCUCACAAUGGUGAUGUCGUAAAGAUAGCUGAAAUAAAGCUGUGUUGUAUCUAACAGAGGAGGCUUUCUCCCUCCUGUGAAUCUGGACUGUUAACAGUUUUCUCCCAAACGUAUUGUAUGAACUGUUCAUUAACCUUCAACUAAAUAAUAAAGUUUUGUUGAAAAAAAAA